GUCAGUUCUGCCAUCAAUACUACCACCAUGGCCGUGCCAUAUUCGGGUCAUCCUUGCUAUUGUCCAGACUGUGGACACCAGGCAGACGCUUUACCGGCUGAGCCACCAGGGAAGCCGUCAUGAGGGUCCUAGUAAAUGAAAAAGAGUGGCGAGAGGAUCAAGUCAGAGAAGUGAGAAUGGAAACAGAGGAUGGAACGAUGAAAGCAAAAGGCGAAGGGUAUGGGAAACCUCUAGAAACUGGAAAAGACAAGGGACAAAUUCUUUCCUAGAAUUCUAGAACGUAAUCCUGCCAACACCUUGACUUUAGCUCCAUUUCACGCUUCGGACCUCCAGAACUGUAAGAGAACUCAGUUGUCUUGUUUGAAAGCAUGGAAUUUGCGGACAUUUGCUACAGCAGCCAUAGGAAUACACUCCAAUCACAAAGUCGAGAUGCUCCUAUUAAUUUUCCCUCACUUUCAGGAUUUCACCAACACAGCUGAAUGCGUUUAUCGAAACUAAGCCAUCAGCUACGUGGCAACCAUGUUGUAGAUGUGAGCAGGUAGCCAGGCCUCCCCAACCUUGUGUGGCAGGUGAGGUCUUCCAUACUGACAUCUCUUGACAAGAACCCAGCCCAUUCCUGGCAAGAGCAUAGCCUCUCUUUGUGCCUGCUGUCAAAAUUCAGCAUAGCUGAAAAAGAAAUAGACCCUAUAUUCCUCAUGUACAUUUGGUGCAGGGCACACAAUCCAGCCUCCUUGGAUAUCUGAAGUUAAGCAACACAGAAAGAGGUGUCUGGUUUUCCCUGCAGAAAAGACCUUGAGCAGUGGUGAUGAUGGGCCCCACCCAAUCUCUCUACUCAUUUCAAGAAAGUCAGAGGGGUUGCUUGGGUUAAUUAACAAUCAUGAACAAGAAACUAUGCCAAGCAUCUUUAAAAGAAGCUUACCAAUCAGUUGGAAAAGCAAAAUGUUAAUGUCUGCAAAAGACAUCACAUCAAAUACAGCAAGAUAUGACAUAGUCAUGAGGCCUGCCAGAGCCUGGAGAACAGACACUUCCUAAAGCUUCUUCUGUUUUUCUGUCCCUCCUACUUAGGCACCGGCCUACAUGCAGAUCAGGCACCAUGAGGGUGCAAAUGGCUUCAGUUUCCCUUUUGCAAAAUGAUAUGCACUUGACAAUCAUUAAGUCAUUGAGCAGACUUUAACUGCCCUCCCUUGUCUGCACCAGGCCCUGGGUCCAGCAAACCAAGUCCCACUCUAUAGGGACUUCUUGGCAGUGGAGAAGCAGGAAGGAAGGACAGGCACCAGUUGUGUAGGGAGCUGGUGCUUUGUGAUGGUAUCCAUGAUCACGUGGAUACCAUCUCCAAGACACAGCAAAUCCCAUGUUCUAGAUAUCGCUAUCAUUUUCCUUCUAAUACACAUUAAUAGAAAUAGAGAGCUAUUAAAGAGAAAAUGAUUGGGACUUUCCUGGCAGUCCAGUGGAUAAGACUCCACACUGUCACUGCUGAGGUCACAGGUUCAAUCCCUGGGCAGGGAACUAAGAUCCCACAAACUGCACGGUAUAGCCAAAAAAAAAAAAAAAGUGAAAAUGAUUAUCUGCAUAGGACCCAGCAUCCAUGGGUGAACCCUGAGAGGGGUGCAUGUGCCGCAGCUGGGGGCCAUCCAACGGGGCAAAAGAUACCCCUGGGCUCAUCCCCUCUCCAUCUGUAAAUGAAGCUGAUGGUGCACGUCUCACCAGAGAUCCUGGGAGAUUUCUUCCCACCCAGGCCCCAGACAUCUGGCAAGAUGACAGGUGCUCCCUGUCUGCCAAGAAUAUUGCUAUCUUGUAGUUUUCUUAUUUGUUAUUUCCUAGAAAAAAGAGGUCAGGCUGCCAUUUCAUCAACCAGUGAGGCCUUUGGGAUUGUCAAACUGCCGCCCACCCCCAACAACCUUGCCCCCACCAAUCCUGGCCACUGGGAACCCCUUCCCGGAACCCUGGCUGGCUGAUGUCACAGACAGAUGACCUCACUGCGGCCGAGGAUCUCUGUGACAUGGGGGAGGGGGAAGGAUGUUUCUCCGUCACCCCAACCCCCCAUGUCUGUGGUGAAGUCGAUCGAAUUAGUGCUGCCCAAGGAUGCAGUCUACCUGGCCGGCUGCACCAUCGAAGGACAGGUGGUCCUAACUCUGAACAGCACCCUGGUGGACCCCAUCGUGAAGGUGGAGCUCGUGGGAAGAGGUUACGUGGAGUGGAAUGAAGAAACUGGGGCGUCCCGCGAUUAUAGCAGAGAAGUUAUUUGCAACAACAAGGCUGACUACGUGCACAAGACAAAGACAUUCCCAGUGCAGGAUAAUUGGUUAAGUGCAGGCAGCCACACCUUUGACUUCCAUUUCAACUUACCUCCCAGGCUCCCUUCCACCUUCACCAGCAAAAUCGGCAACGUCUUUUACUUCGUGCAGGCAUCCUGCAUGGGUCGGGAGCACAUUCUAGCCAAGAAGAAAAUAUACUUGAUGGUUCAAGGCACUUCCUCGAUUUUCCACGCAGAAAAAUCAUUGCAGAACCCUCUGUUGGUGGAGGCUGAGAAGAAGGUGUCUUACAACUGCUGCAGCCAGGGCACCAUCUGCCUGCAGGUCCAGAUGGAAAAGAAUACCUUCACACCGGGGGAGAGGGUCAUUUUCACCACGGAAGUCAACAACCAGACCAGCAAGUGCAUUAAGACGGUCAUCUUCGCCCUCUAUGCUCACGUGCACUACGAGGGCUUCACGCCCAACGCGGAGCGCCGCUCCAGGGUGGAGAGCAGUGAGCUGCUCAGGCAGGAGGCCAACACCCACAUCACGGCCUUCAACACCACCAAGAUCGUCAGCACUUUCCACCUCCCGCCCGUGCUGUCCGUGAGCGGUAGCGGUUCACAGGACAGCGAGAUCAUGAACACCCAGUACGAGCUGGUCAGCACCGUCCACCUGCCCUGGUCCCUGACCAGCGUCAAGGCCAAGGUGCCCAUCAUUAUCACCAGCAACCCCGUGGACUCAAACCAGACCGCUGCGGGCUGCCGGACCAGGGCGGUGUUACCCGUGAGCCCGGAUUGACAGAAUUAAAUGCCCAAACGUCUAAAUAUUAAAAGUUUUAUCAGACUCUAAGGUAGAUCUUUCCUUCACCUCGCACAAUGGCCUUUGGAUGAGUGUGCCUGUGGGCAGCAUGUGACCCAAACCUCCCCAAGCUCCAGCUGUGCAGGCAUCCACUUCUCCCAUCCCAAGAAAGAUCUGUAAAUGACAGGAGAGGCCAGAGCCUUCCAGCCUGACAAAACCUUCCAGGACUUGCCCCGGUUGGCACCCCAGGCCCAUCUCCUUGCUUACUCUUGCACUACCUAGAUAAGGGAUCCCCCACUGGGAGUGACCCUGCCCUCCAGAGGAUAUUGGCAAAGUCUGGUUGUAUAGGUUGUCCCGACUGAAGGGAGCAGCGUGUGCUCCUGGCAUUCACUGGGUGGGGGCCAGGGAUGCUGCUCCACAGUGCCCAGGACAGCCCCCACGGAG